CACAUGCUUGGCUCAAGUCAGUACUGCUCCAGAAGACAGGACUUACCAAGGAGCAGAAAAGCAAGAUGAAUGAUAUAAAGCUUGCUGUCUUGGGUGGUGAAGGAACAGGCAAAUCUGCCCUUACAGUUAGGUUUCUUACCAAACGAUUCAUUGGAGAAUAUGCUUCUAAUUUUGAAUCUAUCUAUAAUAAGCAUUUGUGUUUGGAAGGGAAGCAACUGAAUCUAGAGAUAUACGACCCUUGUUCUCAACCACAGAAAGCAAAAUUUUCCCUCACAAGUGAGCUGCACUGGGCAGAUGGGUUUGUUAUUGUGUAUGACAUCAGUGACAGGUCUUCGUUUGCUUUUGCAAAAGCACUGAUCUACAGAAUCCGGGAGUCACAAACUAGUCAUUGUAAAAGAGCUCUGGAAUCAGCAGUGUUUUUGGUUGGUAACAAGCAAGAUCUCUGUCACGUGCGAGAGGUUGGCUGGGAAGAAGGGCAAAAAUUGGCAUUGGAUAACCGAUGCCAAUUCUGUGAACUGUCUGCAGCAGAGCACUCUCUAGAGGUAGAAAUGAUGUUUAUCAGAAUUAUCAAGGACAUCCUAACAAACUUCAAACUCAAAGAAAAGAGAAGAUCCAGUGGAUCAAAAUCAAUGGCCAAAUUAAUCAAUAAUGUAUUUGGAAAGAGAAGGAAAUCGGUUUAACAGAUAUGUGAUCCUUUCCCUUUUGUUUGCAUUAAAAAAAUAAUUCUGUUAGAGAGAUGAAAUGUUUGAACACAAACCACAGAAGUGUUUUCAAAUAUAUAGUUUGCUUUUUGGUUUUUUGUAUUUUGUACACUGUGCUUCACACGUAACCUUUUCUUUAUUAUACAA